CACACUGUACACAUCACUUACCACCGUCGCACCAUGAAGUACUUGGUUUUGGUAUUGUGUACUGCGGUGGUGGCCGCGAAGCCGGUCGAAGAUGACGUCAUGGGAUCCGUCGUUGGGGUCGUCAAGAAUUGCGGGGAAGCGGACGUCUCCUUGUGUCUUAAGGAAAAAGCGCUGAAGUACGCGGAAAAUCUGGCAUCAGCCCGCGAAAUCAGCAUCACAGACGGCAUAACUCUCAUUGGAACUGGAUCUUCCCGAUCAGCCAGGUCCUUCGAGCCUCUCCCAGAGGAGCCCAGGGCUAGAGAGAACCUGGUGGAGUCCAGGCUUCUGGACGCAGCUGCUGAUUUCCUUGAGAACCAUGUGAUCCAACUGCGUAUGCCGAAAGGCGCGGUAGAGGAUGUCAAACGCUCGCUUGAGGAAGGCCGUGGCAAGAAGAAGAAGCUAAAGCAGCUGUUGCCCAUCUUCGCUCUGCUCCAGCUCAAAAUCCAGUCAUUGAUCCCACUCUUCCUUGGAAUCAUCGCGUUUGCUGCUAUCAAGGGUCUGAUGCUCGCUAAGGCCGCUCUCCUAGCAUCUGCUCUACUCCUUCUCAAGAAACUCCUCUCAAAACAGGAACACCAUGAAAGCUAUGAAGUGGUAGCUCACCCGCACCACGACGAACAUUUCUCACACCCAAGCCCCCAUGGAGGCUGGGGACGGUCCCAGGACGCCCAAGACAUGGCCUACAACGCCUACAACUAAACCUAAGAACAGUCAAACGAUUAUUUAUUUAAUUUAUUUAAAUUAUUGUUGAAUGUUAAGCCACGAAGCUCCGCGUCACCACUUUUUAUUGUACCUGUUCUGUUAAGUACAAAUAGGUUUAUAGCUUUAAUAUUUCCUUGUUCAUGACCUAGUCACUUCGCUUUUUAUGCUUGUGUAAAUAGCUCUUUUUUAUAUGUAUGCUUAUGUAAUUUUAUGUAUUCAUUUUCGAUACUUAUGUAUGUAUUUCGUACUUUCGAUUUCUCGUAUUAUAUUUUGAUUAUAUUAUGUAGGUAUAUUAUAUUCUUCGUAUAUUUUAUGUAACGGUGAUGCUUCUAUGAUGUUCCUUCCUACCAUUUUCCUUUUCAGAUCAUCUCAGCCAUAUUUAAUUUAUUACGCUAGAUAACAUUCAAAGAUUGUUAAAUAUUUGUUAAAAAUACAUAAAAAUAAAGAAAUAUAUUACA